AUGAAGAGAUUAAUUAGGAAACCUCCCAUUGGUAGUGUCUACUAUGCUCAACCCGGACAAGUGCCUCAGCCUUCAUCUCAACCCCCAGCACAGCAGCAACCUCAGUCACAACACGCAGGCUCCGUUCAACAGCAAGCUCAGUCGGUUUGUAUCCAACCUCAGUCACAAACUCUUUUGCCGCAAGUAACCGGGCCCUCACUUCCAUCCAGCCUGCCACAGAGCGUACCAAGUACGAUCAACCAGAUUAUGCAAAGCGUCUCUUCCUCCACCACUGGAGUCCCGCCAGGAGGCCCCGUAACAGUUCCGUCUGUCAGCAUUGUUGCAACUGCCGGUGAGACUCCAUCUGACAUUAUCUAUUGCUCUUGA